UAACCACUGCCCCCUCCCCCUCGCACGAUCCAGGCCACCCUCUCAUCACUAACAAUGCACCUCAUCACAUCAUUCCUCCUAUUCCUCGCUCUCAUUUCCUCUCUCCCAGUUCUCUCCCUCUCCUCCUCCUCCAACUCUAAACACAUGGACUGGUGGUGCAAUAAAACCCCCCACCCAGAGGCCUGCCGCUACCAUCUCACCCACCCAAAAUCUCCCCACCAACCCAUGGGCAAGCACCAGUUCUACAAGCUCCACCUCCAGGUCACCUACGACCUCAUCGGCCGCGCCCAGAGCCACCUCGCCCAACUCGGCCGUCGGUGCAGCACCGCGCCCGAGAGGAAGGCCUGGCUCGACUGCCGCAAGCUCUAUGGCGACACCUACUUCCAGCUCAACCGCACCCUCCACCCCCCCAAGCCCAACUGCACCGCCCUCGACUACCAGACCUGGCUCAGCGCCAGCCUCACCAACCUUGAGGCCUGCCGCAGGGGCUUCAACGACCUUGGCGUCUCCCCCGAGAUCAUCCACCCCGUCAUGCACUACAACGUCUCCGACCUCAUCAGCAACUGCCUCGCCAUCAACCAUCCCAAUGCAACGACCAAUAGCUCCGCCGCCGUCGACGUCCGGAGCUUCACAUCGGUCGGCAACCGGAAGCUGUUACAGCUUUCAGCGCAGCCCAAUUUCGUCGUGGCGAAACACGGCUCGGGGAACUUCCGGACCAUCCAAGCGGCUCUUGAUGCCGCUUUGGUGUUGCGGUCCAGGAGAAAGAGAGGAAGGAUCGUGAUUCGAGUGAAAGCCGGGGUGUACGAUGAGCACUUAGAGGUAGUAAACAGUCUGACUGAUCUCACCAUGGUCGGCGAUGGCAAGGGGAAGACGAUAAUUACCGGCCGUCGGAGCGUGGCCACAGGCUCCACCACAUUUAGCUCCCCAACUUUCAGCGUGUUUGGCGAUGGAUUCAUAGCUAGCGGCAUCACAUUUCGGAACACCUACGGCCCAGGAUCUCAGGCAGUGGCACUGCUCUCAGGAUCCGAUCGAUCCACAUUCUAUCGGUGCAGCAUCGAAGGAUACCAAGACACUCUCUGUGUCUUCACUCAGAGGCAGUUCUACCGAGAAUGCGAUAUCUACGGCACCAUCGACUUCAUCUUCGGCAAUGCAGCGGUGGUGCUCCAGAACUGCAACAUUUUCGCCAGAAGGCCCCGGCGGGGCGAGGUGAACGUGAUCACCGCACAGGGCCGGACUGACCCGAACCAGAACACUGGGAUCGUCAUCCAAUCCUCCGCCAUCCUCCCGGCGGCCGAUCUAUUGCCGGUGCGCAGGAGGGUUCGCUCAUACCUCGGCCGGCCAUGGAAGCAGUACUCGAGGACGGUGUACCUCCUGAGCUACAUCGACAAAAUCAUCGAUCCAGCGGGGUGGCUGCCGUUUCGCGGUAAUUUCGCGUUGAAUACACUGUACUACGCCGAGUUCGGGAACACGGGGCCAGGGUCGAGGACGUCGCGGCGGGUGAGGUGGCCGGGAUACCAUGUGAUCAAGCGGACGUCGCUGGUGCGGCAGUUCAGUGUGGGGCGAUUCAUAGCCGGCCGGAAGUGGAUCCGGUCGACCGACGUGCCGUUUGAUGCAGUCCUUUGAUUCAUUUCAGCUCGAUCGUCGGCAAAUUGCUCGUUACUAAUUAGUCUUAAAGUUUACAGUCAGGGAAAUUGGCAGCGUUGAAUUAGAGAACAGUGGAAGGAGACGUCCUCCUUUUUUUUCCGUAAAAGGAGACUUCCUCCAUCUAUAGUUUUACCCAGUUGAUUUGGGAAGUUUGCAGGGUCACCUUUUUUUUUUUUCUUUGCUAAGAAAAGUUGGCAGCGUUCAACUGGAGAUUAAUUAGUGAAAGGAGACCUCCACCUUUGGUCGUUCAGAGUUCUACUCGAAAUGAUUUGGAAGGUUGGCAGGGUUGAAUUAAUUGGAGAUUAGUGAAGGGAGUCCUCCUCUCCUAUCAUCAUUCAUAAUAUAUUUGGGUGGGUGUGCCACGCAUCCCCAACUACUAUUUUAUUGUAACAAAAGAAUCAUUUAGUCAUGUAAUAAGUGGUAUAUAUGGCAUCAU